CUUUUUCUCUAUUAAUUUCUUCCUACAAAAACACUCAGCUUUACUUGAAAAUGAAUUGCCAGACUGGUUCAUGGGGAUAUUACAUGCCAACCAGCAGGACUACUGUUGGGGACCCAUUGGAGAGGAUAGAGAGGUUGGCUUCGGAGAAUGCAGUGGUUAUCUUUAGUAUUAGCGGUUGCUGCAUGUGCCAUGCGAUUAAGAGGCUGUUCUGUGGCAUGGGAGUGAACCCAACUGUAUAUGAACUUGAUGAAGAUCCUAGAGGGAAAGAUAUGGAGAAGGCUUUGAUGAGGCUACUCGGAACCUCUUCUCCCGCUGUUCCUGUUGUGUUCAUUGGUGGGAAACUUGUGGGUAAAAUGGAUAGAGUCAUGGCUUCUCAUAUCAAUGGCACUCUUGUUCCUCUUCUCAAAGAAGCUGGAGCUCUCUGGCUUUGA